AUGAGACAAGUCUCCUACCGUACUGAACAAAACACUGAAAUCACUCGAAAGGGAGAUAUAAAUUGGUCAACCUGUGUUGGAAUCCCAAUUGCGCUACAACGUUUAUUAGUUUGGCGUGUAUCACAAAACGCCGGUUGUGAGGUACUAGAAGUGACGUCAGCUCGCAUUCGUCUGCCAUUGGUCCCUUCACAGCGCUUGCGUACACCUGAACUUGUUAUUUCCAUUCCCACAAUGGAUGUCCCAAAAUUUGACCCCUCUCAAGCGGAUUACCCUCUGAGGAUCAAUCCUUCGACGUUGGACCAACUUGGUAGGAUUGCACAAUACUUGCAACCCUUUCUUCCUCCCAACCCGCCGUCUCAACGAUCAGACAACGGUGAUUCCAGCGAUUUACAGGCUGAUGAUAAGCGAAAAAAGGAGUCCCUCAAAAACGUUACUAUCAAUAAUAAUAUCGGUGGUGGUGGUGGUAAUAAUGAUGUUUAUCAAAUUGAUAUGCGCGGAUAUGGGUUAAAACACGGAUUUGUAUUCUUGAAAGCCAAUGCUAAUCGCCGAGAAGAAAUGACUUGGUUUUAUACUGUGAGCCGACACUCAAAUUCUGUAGAAAAGUACACGAAACAACAAGAAGUAGUGUAG